AUGGCUAACCUCAUGAAACUUGAGUUUGUUGCCCUUGAUAUUUCGGGCAAGAACUACCUAUCAUGGGUGCUAGAUGCUGAAAUCCAUCUGGAUGCUAUGGGUCUUGGAGACACCAUUAAAGAAAAAAAUAAAGCAUCCAACCAAGAAAAUGCCAAGGCUAUGAUAUUCUUGCGUCAUCACCUUGAUGAGGCCUUGAAGAUUGAAUAUCUUACUAUUAAGGAUCCACUCAUUUUAUGGAAAAACUUGAAAGAAAGCAGCAAUAUCGAGACCAAUUUGAUUGCUCAUCUUCUUGUGACUGAACAAAAUAAUGAUUUGCUGAUGAAAAAUCACGAGAAUCGACCUACUGGCGCUGCACCAUUCCUCGAAGUGAAUGAGGUGUACGCCCACUACUCUAGGCGUGGAAAAAGUCGUGGCCUCAGUCGUGGUCAUGGUCGUGCUCGUGAUAGUGGUCUUGGUCGUGGUAGUGAUAAUGGUCAAGGAAGAAAUUCUGCUCUUGGUGUCAAUCAUUCAUCAAAGAAGAAUCACUACCAGAGAGGGAAAAAGAAUGAUGAUAGGCAUGAAGUGCCAGAAGCACGUGACUCAGAAAAUAAAUGCCAUCGAUGUGGUGGAAGUGGACACUGGUCACGUACUUGUCGUACGGCGAAGCACUUGGUUGAGCUUUAUCAGGCAUCAAUGAAAAGGUAA